AUGACUUCUGCGAGCCGGGUAUUGCCGUUCUUGUCGUGUCACGUCGAUAAAAUACGCAAUGUUUGCAUUCUCGCCCACGUUGAUCAUGCAUUUGAACUACAUAUAUCCACAAGACUCAAAUCAGUGAGACUCAUUUUACCAAGGCCUAGGGGAGUUUUCAUUAAAACUUCGUUUAUCUACUUUUUUAAAGGGAAAACUUCGCUCGCUGAUGCUCUUCUUGCCACAAAUGGCAUCAUAUCUUUUCGUCAAGCGGGUGAGCUACGAUUCAUGGACAGUUUAGAAGCAGAGCAGGUGCGUGGUAUCACGAUGAAAUCAAGUGCUGUGGCGCUUUUCUACAACCCUACGCUGAAACUUAGUCGACAUAUUUCUCCACAAGCUGCUGCUGAUGAUCCGGAUUCCUAUCUGAUCAACUUCAUCGACUCACCGGGGCACGUGGACUUCGCGUCAGACGUUUCUACAGCAGUUCGUCUUUGUGACUGUGCCAUGAUCGUCGUGGACGUUGCUGAAGGUGUCUGCCCCCAAACGCGGGCCGUUCUGCGACAAGCCUGGAAUGAACGUCUCACUCUUAUUCUUGUUCUGAAUAAGUUCGACCGACUCUUUCUGCAGCUUGGUCUCUCACCUAUUCAAGUGUACGAUAGGAUUCUGCGCGUUUUAGAGCAGAUUAACUCUGUUCUGGCUGAAAUGUUUACCGCAGAUGUGAUGCAGCAAACUCACGGAUGGGAGGCUGAUGGAGACUCAGUAAGGCAGUCAGCAGAAGGAACGUACACAUGGAGCACGGGUUUGGAGGCAACAGAUGACUCCCACGUGUAUUUUUCACCUGAUAAGGCCAACGUUCUUUUCACCUCCGCAGUUGACGGUUGGGGCUUUCGCAUCUCCGAUUUCGGUGAUUUCUGGGCGGAGCGGAUGAAUCUGCCGAAGAAGGGUCUAUUAAAGGCUCUUUGGGGUGAUUAUUACUUCACCUCCUCGCCUGAUGGGGGUCUGCCUAGAGUCAAGCCCCAUGCCAGAGCCAAAAACAAGAAACCCGUCUUCGUCCAGCUCAUUAUCGAUCAUUUACAUCACAUCUACAAGACAAUUAUUGUGGACAACAAUCGCGACAUGGCACCUCACAUAGCUGAACGCCUAGGUAUUAAACUAGAGUCGCGUUUACACCAACAGAGUGUGGACAAUCGAACGCUGGUGCGCUCAAUCCUCAGCACCUGGCAACCUCUUGGACCAGCCAUUUUCCGAACAAUUGUGGAUACCUGCCCCAGCCCAUUGGCUGCAAUAAGUCGUGAAAGAGCUCAGUACAUGCUGUUUGGCGAGUCUUCAGUUACACAAUUUGUAUCCGGAGAAGACGCAGUCGUCACGAGUGAUGGUAGUAAUGCGGGGCAGUCGAUUUUACGAGAAGUCGUUUAUUCUUGCCGUAAUGAUGGUACUGAGGAGGACUAUGAGGAAGAUGAAUCUGCCGCCUUUCCUGCUAUUGAUGCCUUGGAAGCUUGUAGUUCGAAUGCUGAUGCACCCGUAAUAAUCUUUGUAUCGAAGGUCUUUUGGGCAGACAAACUGAAAAAUGCCUUCUCUACCAUCGUCUUUCCUAAGAAUGUUCCAAAAUCAGUUCAGCCUCCCAAAUCUGUACAGUUUCCAUCAGCUCCCAGAUUUGCAACUCCUGGUCGGAUAGUCGUUCACCACGACAACGUUGAGACGGCAAUCAAAAAUCCAGCAAAUAGUCCCUUUUCAGACACUGAGUUCGUGGCGCUUUCGCGAAUCUAUAGCGGUCGAGUGAAGAUUGGUCAACGGCUGUUUGUUCUCGGACCGAAGUUCGAUGGAAGCAACAUACCCAAAUGCCUCUUGGAUGCAAAUCCAGCAGACUUGCCUCUUGGGCCUCUACGCAUACCUGAGCCAGAGGAAGACGAUUUAACCUCUUUAGUCCAGGCUCGCCAUAGAUCAUCCUCUUGCUCGUCCAUUUCAUCCAAUCUGAGUGGUGCGUUUUCCGCAGGCUCUGUCGGUGACUCAGGUCACCACGAUGACCAAGUUCUGCGUCAUGUCUACGUGGGUGAGAUUACUGACGUUGUACAAUUUUGCGGUGGUCAAAACAACGCAUUCCAUUUGAAGGACCCCUCCUGUCCUAUUGACUCACUCAGCGCAGGCAAUGUGGUAGGUCUAAUGGGCGCCUCGGUCAUCACCAGUCUACCCAAGUCGGGCCUUCUGGUGUCAAGUCUGCGUUUAGUUGCCACCUCGGAAGCACGCCGCGUCCUGCCCCUUGCCGGACUGGCGAUUUGGCACGGUGCACCCGUCGUCUCCCUUGCUAUUGAACCCGCCAGCGCUACUGAUCCGAACGAUAUGGUGCGUUUGGAAAAUGGCCUCCGACUUCUUGAACGCUCUGACCCUUGCGCUGAAUUGACCUUCUCACCCAAAGGCGAGUACCUCCUUCAUGCUGCAGGCGAAAUUCACAUGCAAAAGUGCCUUGAAGAUCUCACCACGUACUUCGCUCCAGAUCUUGAACUGCACACUUCUCCCUUUUUGGUACCCUUCCGUGAAACCGUCACAGAGGCCUGUCCGCCCGCCUCCUAUGUCCCAUUUGAUUCUCUGGCCUUUGCCAAGGCGCAACUUGAGCGAGAACUGAAGGAGAAGCAUCUGGUGUACGACGAUGCGAGGGAAAAUUGUGUGCGCCUUUGCACGAGCAAUGAGGAGGAAGAGGCUUUUCUGCAGCAACAGAGUCUUCAACAGACAACCUGCAUGGAGACUUCCGAUCCAACGCGCUAUCUUCCACUGGGUAUGCUCCAGCUGCCGCACAGCAAAUCGCGUACUCGCGUCUUUGUCCGUGUUACCGCUCAUCCCGUGCCCGAAAAUCUCCUCACUUGGCUUGAAACUCGCGCUGCUGCCUACAUGCACCUAUUGAUGCGCGCCGUGAAACAUAAAUCUUCUUCCUCGCGUCGUGCUCUCACAUGUUUGAAGAGGUUUGAGGAGGAGUUCUCUGCCCAAUUGGAUGCAGUACCACCAGAGGCUUGUUACUUUCUUGAAUGGCACUCACUCAAGGGCCGACUCCUGUGCCUGGGCCCACAGCAGGUGGGGCCGAAUCUUCUCCUCUCUCGUCUCCGCUCUAACUUUUUUCGCCUGGACACGGCUUGGGGUAAGCCAAUGUCGCCGUGGUCGGAUGCGGCCCAGGGGCCAGGGGCGGAUGCCGUACCAACAGGCGAGGUCGGCGGGGGAGGGGCGGUGCAUAUCCCCUUCCUGAGCUACGGCAAGGCCAUUCUGCGCGGGUUUCAGGUGGCCACGGAGCAGGGACCGUUGUGCGCUGAACCAAUGCGUGGGGUCGCUUUCGUGCUGGAGGACAUCUACGCCGAGGAUCGCAUCCAAUUGCCCACGCCUCGAAUCCUCACUUCUGCCGAUCUUCUGGCAAAGGAGGCCACACACGAGGUGGCUGCAGAGCUCAAAAAAGCGAAUGAGCCUGCACCCGAACCAGUAGGAGAGGCGGCUGUAGAAAGCGACCCUAUUCUCGCUGCUCUCAGGGCAAAGCAAGCGGCUAUCAAAAGGCGGCAAAAAGCAGAUUUCAUUUCCUCUAUGUCCUGGCUAAAUUUGAGAGAUGAUGAUAAUGACGCUAACAACGAUGAAGACGGGGAGGAUGAUUGCUUGGAUGACGAUGGUGAUUGGUACAACGAUGAUAACGACAACUGCGAUCAAAAUCUAUCAGAAGUGGAGGAGGAGGACGAGGAGGCCAACUCUGAAGUGGAGGAAGAGCAUGCAGCCAAAUCUGAGAAGAAACUUACUCUUAGGGAGCACUUCUACUGGCAGCGGCGCAGCGACAACGACUGGCUCUCGGACGUGACGCCAGGUCUACUGACGCCCGCGAUGGCUCGUGCAUGCACCUCCGCCUUCAUGGCCUGUCCUGCCCAGCGACUAGUCCUUUCCAUGUAUGACAUAGAACUCCAGUGCCGAGGUGACGUGUUAGGUCGCAUGUAUGCAGUGCUGCGGAAGCGCUGCGGUCGGGUGGUGAGUGAGGACAUGCGAGAAGGGGAAGAGUGCUUUGUGACUCACGCUCGCCUGCCGGUGGUGGAGAGCUUCGGCCUGACCAAUGACUUGCGCAAGCGCACCUCGGGUCUGGUCUCGCUGCCCCAGCUUCGACCAGGCGGGUGGGAGGUGCUCGAGGUUGAUCCUCUCCAGCGAGACGCCAGCGGCCACAUUGCCAUUCUUGGAGAGACGCACAUCAAGGUGUGGCAGCGCCAGCAGGAAGCCAUAAAACGCCUGCGACUGUCGGAGCGAAACACCGUCGUCACUGCCGACAUAACCACUUCCCCCCUGUCUGGUCCAGGCAUUGCUGUCCGACCAGCCUCCCCCAAUUCGUCCUCCUCCACCUCUGACAGCGAGGUGGACGAGGAUCUGGCGCAGGCCGAGAGUAACAACCAGCUUACCCGUCUGCGGACCUACCUUCGAGAUGUGCGCAAACGAAAGGGACUUAGUUUACAUGAACAAAUUGUCACCUCGGCGGACAAACAGAGGACGUUAAAAAAGAAUAAAUAG